GUGACUCCUCUGGGUAAAUUGCCCAGGAGUGCCUGGGCAAAGAUAGCACAAAUCCUUGAGGGAACUGCCUUGUCUGGUCCGUCCGUUCGUUCAUUCGUUGGUGCUGCUGUACGUUAUGUUCAGUUGUUCGUUCAUCGCUCCGCUCGCUCCUCGCAUCAUCCCACAGUGUGUGCGAGUGCGAACGGUGACUGGUAUGCCCCACGGAGUUACUGCGUAUACUGGUGUUGCUGCUCUCUAAUCCAUAUGGGCUUGCCCGCUUGGUAUGAGCACCAUAACAAAUCAGUAAUGCUGUCGGUAGACCACAAAGCGCCGUUGACGUCUAUUGGCCACAUAGCGUGUUAUGUCGCGGUGCUCGUUCUGCUGCGUAACGUUGUCGGGGCAAGACACAGAGAACGCACACCGCCUUGGGCUGGCAGCGACCGUACGGUAUGUCCGCAGCGGUACCAUCCAUCUAUCUCUCGGUUGUGGUGUGGCAGUCGACGAGUCCUGGCCCCUUCCACCAACCAUGAAAUCACGGAUGGGAUUCCAAAUCGGCGGGCUCGCGCGUUUCUACCCUACAGUGGAAUCAAUCCUACCUAUCGCCCUAUGACCCUAGUGAACCACCCUUGCUAAACACGGUCACAGGGUUGUGCUCGCAGGCUCCUUGAGGAUGGGUUCGCAAACUUGCACAAGCAAGAGCCAGUUCAUUCAAUGAAUUUGAAGAACGAAGCACGAUGCAUGCUA